AUGGCGAAAGCGACGGCGCGGGGCCGCAGCCCUCAACCUCCCUUCGUCGCAGAAAAGGCGGCUUCAGUCGCAUCAGCCAAGCCCAAGGCGGCCAGGAAGAACAGCUCGUACAAGUCUGAUGGCGUCGCCGACAACGACGUCUUUCUGCUGCCCGGGGCCGACUAUGUGGCGGCCUUGGGAGUGACCGUCUUGGCGACCAUUGUCCGCCUGUUCAAGAUCUACACGCCCACCAGUGUGGUGUUUGACGAAGUCCACUUCGGUGGCUUUGCUUCCAAGUACAUCAAGGGCAGGUUCUUCAUGGAUGUGCACCCUCCCUUGGCCAAGAUGCUCAUUGCCCUCACUGGAUGGCUUGCGGGUUUCGACGGCAACUUCGACUUCAAGGAUAUCGGCAAGGAUUAUCUCGAGCCUGGCGUUCCCUAUGUCGCCAUGCGCAUGUUCCCCGCCGUUUGCGGCAUCCUGCUCGCCCCCUUCAUGUUCUUCACCCUCAAGGCCGUUGGCUGCCGAACGACCACCGCUAUCCUUGGUGCCAGCUUCAUCAUCUUCGAAAACGGCCUUCUUACUCAGGCCCGUCUUAUCCUUCUGGAUUCUCCAUUGGUCGCUGCUACGGCCCUCACGGCCAUGUCAUUCAACUGCUUCACCAAUCAGCAUGAGCUGGGACCAGAGAAGGCAUUUUCGCUGAGCUGGUGGUUCUGGCUUGCCAUGACUGGUCUCGGCCUCGGCAUUACCUCUAGCAUCAAAUGGGUUGGCCUCUUCACCAUUGCCUGGGUUGGAUCCUUGACCCUUGUACAGCUGUGGGUGCUCCUCGGCGACAGCAAGCAUGUCUCCAUGCGUCUCUGGUUCAAGCACUUCAUGGCCAGAGUUUUCUGCCUCAUCAUCAUUCCCCUGACUUUCUACCUGUCCAUGUUCGCCAUCCACUUCCUCUGCCUGACCAACCCCGGCGAGGGUGAUGGAUUCAUGAGCUCCGAGUUCCAGGCCACGCUGAACAGCAAGGGGAUGAAGGACGUUCCUGCUGACGUCGUCUUCGGAAGCCGAGUCACCAUCCGCCAUGUUAACACUCAGGGUGGCUAUCUCCACUCCCAUCCUCUCAUGUAUCCUACCGGUAGCUUGCAGCAGCAGAUCACUCUGUAUCCCCACAAGGACGAGAACAACAUCUGGAUCUUGGAAAACCAGACUCAGCCGCUUGGUAUUGAUGGCCAGCCGAUCAACGGAACCGAGGCAUGGGACGCUUUGCCAGAGGUGCACCACAUCGUUGACGGCUCCGUUAUCCGCCUCUAUCACAAGCCUACAUUCCGACGCCUCCACUCGCACGAUGUCCGACCCCCGGUCACCGAGGCCGACUGGCAAAACGAGGUCUCUGCUUACGGAUACGAGGGCUUUGAGGGCGACGCCAACGAUCUCUUCCGAGUUGAGAUUGUCAAGAAGCAGUCCAAGGGGCCCCUGGCCAAGGAGCGCCUCCGCACAAUCGAGACCAAGUUCCGACUGAUCCACGUCAUGACUGGAUGCGCCCUGUUCUCUCACAAGGUCAAGCUGCCUGAGUGGGCCUCGGAGCAGCAAGAGGUUACGUGCGCUCGCGGAGCCAGCUUGCCCAACAGCAUCUGGUAUAUCGAGUACAACGAGCACCCUCUCCUCGGCGAGGAGGUCGAAAAGGUCAACUAUGCCAACCCUGGCUUCUUUGGCAAGUUUUGGGAGCUGCACAAGGUUAUGUGGAGGACAAACGCCGGCUUGACUGACUCCCACGCUUGGGACUCUCGACCCCCUUCAUGGCCUAUUCUUCGUCGCGGCAUCAACUUCUGGGGCAAGCAUCACAUGCAAGUCUAUCUUCUGGGCAACCCUUUCAUCUGGUGGUCUAGCACGGCCGCCGUCGCCAUUUGGGUCAUCUUUAAGGGCGUGGCGAUCCUCCGAUGGCAGCGCGGAUGCAACGACUACGCCAGCAGCACAUUCAAGCGCUUCGAUUAUGAGAUUGGCACCUCCGUUCUGGGCUGGGCCCUGCAUUACUUCCCCUUCUACCUGAUGGAGCGCCAGUUGUUCCUACACCAUUACUUCCCGGCACUCUACUUCGCCAUCCUCGCCCUCUGCCAGAUGUUCGACUUCGUCACGGCAAGAAUCCCCGCCGCCCUUGGUUACCGUAGCACUGUCAUCAACCGCGUCGGCACCGUGUCACUCCUUGUCAUUUCUGCAGCUGUCUUCACCCUCUUUGCCCCUCUCGCCUAUGGUAUCCCUUGGACCAAGGCAGAGUGCAACCGCGUCAAGCUCUUUGACAAGUGGGACUUUGACUGCAACACCUUCCUCGAUGAUUACAAGAGCUAUACCCUGACAUCUCUUCCGCCCUCGAGCAUUGCUCCUUCACCGGCUGCUGCCAAUAUUCCAGUCGUGAACCAGGACCAAAAGCCCCUGGCAAAGCAGCCAGAGCCUGUUAUCUCUCAGGCAGCCGUCCCUCAAGAGCCCCAGAUCCUCUCUAAGGAAGAGAAGAUUGAGUACCGAGACCAGGACGGAAACCUGCUGAACGAUGAGCAGGUCCAGGCGCUUCUAGGCAAGGUCGAGUUCAAGACCAAGUACGAGACCAAGACGCGCGUCGUCGACGCGCAGGGACACGAAAUUCCCAUGCCCGAAGGCGGUUGGCCCGACGACAUGGUUGCCGGCGUGGCCCCUCCUCACCCUGAUGUCGAGGGCGUCGACAAGGAGACCCCCAAGGUUGAGAGCGCUGAAGUCCCCGUGGAGGCUGCCCCCAGUCGUGAUGGUGAAGUGGAGGCCGAGAACUCCAAGCCGAAGCCCGCUAGCGAAGGACAGGAAGCCACCAUUCAGGAGGAACUGUAAAGAGAGCUGGGGUUCGAAGCCUGGUCGUUUUGGCCAGCUCUGUUCAUGGGGCGCUAUGAGAAGAAAAGCACCUGAAAAGCG